GUGUUCAGUCGGUCUGAGAGAGGAGGGUGAAGACAUCAUGAUCAGAGACAUCCUCAGCAUCUCCCUGCUGCUGCUCCUGCUCUCCUGUCCUUCACUGAGCAGGGGAGUCUUGCAGGAUCCAUCAUUGAUAUUAGGAAGUCCUGACACUCCAGCAACAAUCAGCUGCAGCCAUUCAAUCAGUUCAUACAAUAUGAUCCUGUGGUACCAGCAGCCGACGGGCCACUCACACCUCAACCUCAUUGGAUAUGUUUAUGUUACUAGCCAAUCCAUUGAGGAUGCAUUCAAAGGGCAUUUCGAAGUGAGUGGAGACGGCUCAGUGGAGUCUGAACUCCAUGUGCUGAAGCUCAGACAGCCAGAAGACAGCGCCAUGUAUUUCUGUGCAGCUAGCGGUCUCUGUGCCAAUUACCAAGCCUAUUUCGGACAGGGAACCAAAGUGACUGUCCUCGAACCAGGCCAUGAUGUCUCUGCACCGACAGUCACAGUGUUCCCUCCGUCAGCAAAGGAGUGCAGGAACCAGAGAGACCGUGAGAGGAAGAAGACCCUGGUGUGUGUGGCCAGCGGAUUCUACCCGGACCACGUCAGUGUGUCCUGGCAGGUGGGCGGGGGGGCCGUCAGCAGCGGGGUGGCCACCGACAGCAGCGCCCUGCGGGAAGACAAGGAUCAGACCUACAGGAUCAGCAGCAGGCUGAGGGUCUCGGCCUCAGACUGGUUCACACCGGACCGGAAGUUCACCUGCAGCGUCAGCUUCUUCAACGGGACACACACCAGCCACCAUGAAAACACGGUGGAGGGGGUCGAAGGUUCACAGGUAGCCAUGACCAGAGAGAAAUACUUGAAGACGACCCAGGCGGCCAAACUGUCGUACGUUGUGUUCAUCGUGAAGAGCAGCGUCUACGGCGCCGGCGUGGCCUUCCUGCUGUGGAGGCUGCAGGGAUCAGCGGGGAAGCAGAACAACUGAGAGCCGAGGCCGGAGAAAAUAGAUCCAGGGCAUCAGUAAUGCGUCUGUGAAUCAAAAAGUGUGAGAACAUUGAAGUUAUAUAACCACAGGUCUGUCUGCCUUUCUUCCCAUUCAAUCCAUAUUCCUGUUAAAGCUAUAUGACAUUGAAAUACUUCAACAUUAUAAAUUGUUCUUAUGCUGAUUCUGUGUUUUUGUAUCGCUUGUUCGCUUAAUUUUCUUCUCAAUAAAACUCUUUCAUUCCAUCAA